AUGGAAGAACAUAAGAAGACAAGAGAGAUCAACAGAGCAACACAAGAUGAUGAGGAUGAUAGAUGCCGAGUAGACAAUAUUCCUCUUGAUCUAACCUUGGAUAUACUCUCAAGGCUCUGGUCUUCUUUCAUCACACUUCCGAGUUUUAUCACCACCUUCGCGUCUCGGUCCUCUUCACAGACUCCGCGUCUUCUUCUCACCUUCACACUUCUAGAGAAGCACACACUUCUAGAGAAGCACUCACUUCUAGAGAAGCACUUCGUUUUCUCCUUUCCUCAAAACCAGAAUGAAGACGGGUCAUAUCCUCCGUACCACAGUUAUCAGAUGACAAACCCAAAAUAUUCCGAGAGCGUCCAGGGCUUGAUUUUAUUAAAGGAUCUUGUAGUAUGGAACCCAACCUUGAGAAGGUUUUUAACCUUACCACAACCCCAAGAAACCAUCUCGGUUAAAGGUUCGCCUUGUUCGGGAUACCGUUCUUAUUUGGGCUACGAUCCUUUGGAAGGUAAACACAAAGUAUUGUUCAUGUCGAGAAUGGAAUUUACCGACCAGCCACGGGUUCUUACAUUGGGAGGUCAAGAAUCAUGGAGAAUAAUAACCAAAGGACGUUGCCCUAUGCAUUCCUCAAGUAUAGGAGGAUAUGGGCGAUGCUUCAAUGGGAUUCUGUAUUACGAGGCUUAUUAUACUGAUGGUCAUCGUAUAAUAAUGAGCUUUGAUGUCAAAUAUGAAAACUUCAAUCUUAUCAAAAUUCUGGAAGGUUUUUAUCAAAUGCCGUGUCAUAUGAUACUUUAUGAGGGAAGACUAGCCUUAGUUCAUAAAAGGACACAUGACCGUAAUCUUCAUCUAUAUAUUUUGAAUGAUUCAAAUGGAGACGAAUGGUUGCAUGAAGAAUGCUGUCUUCAUAUACUUGCUGGUCUAUUGUUAAACGGUGUUACUGCUGCUGGUGAGCUUGUUUUUACCUCUACCAAGAAUGAAUCGCUUUAUAUUCUAUAUUUAAAUCCGAGGAGAAACAUGAUGAGAGAAGCUUUGUUUGAAGGAAUUGUGGAUGGUGACUUUAGAAGUCGUUAUGGACUUUGUAGCAACGGCGGUAUAUACAAUAUUAGAGCAUGUUUAUUGUUGAGACCCUUAAUGUUUCUUAAAUUGUCCUUAAUGAAUUUUUAA